AUGUAUCUGCUAAUUGUCUUCCUCGCCCUGUGCUUCUGUCAAUCAGUCUCGAGCGUACCAGAAAAUGAUGUUCCAAGCGCAAAUUCUACAAAGGCCCUUUUCAAAAGGGUCGACAAUCCCACUUAUGCCAUAGACGGCACCUGUACCCGCUAUCCUCAGGUUCAGGACAUAGUCAACGAUUGGUUCCAAACGGUCCAAGUUACUUCGCAUCGGAUCAGUCUGGGAGGGGCAGAUCCACACUUUCAACACGCCUUCCAGGUUCUUUUUAACACGGACCCAAAUAGCAACACACUGUACGACCUCCAGUUAGUUGAGGAGCCAAUCACAGCAUACGAUUUUGUCGAAUUUGUAACCACAAGUCUUGCAUCCCUAACUCCUCACGCGGAUCCAGACACCAAGGCCAAUCUGAUUUUCUAUUGCGAUGACGACGCAAUGAACCCAACGCCCUAUUCGAAUGAAAGAUGGCAGUUGCGCCCAGACAUACGGGGCGAUCCUAAUCCAAACAGUGGGAGAACGCUUGGAAUAAAUCAAGAAUGGUUCGACCAAGUCAACUUCAUUACGAGAAGCCCUAUAACGUUAGGCUGUAAGGCUGAACCAACGGAGCUGGAAACUUGGCGGGAAACUUAG